AUGGAGGACGUCCUGACACCGCCGCAGCAGCAGCCGGAACUCGCUGGAGAGAAGCGUAAGAGGGAGGAGGGGUCGCUGGAUGCGUCCACCGAAGACGCUCCAUCAGCCCCCGCCUCCACCGGCAGUGCUGAGGAUGCGGCCGGCAGCGGAGUCGCCCGGCACCCGAUGUGGAAGACGAGCCUGUGCUCCUUCUUCCGCCGCCGCGGCGCCGGCGCCGAAGGGUGCAGCCACGGGGAGUCCUGCCGAUACGCGCACACCGAGGAGGAGCUCCGCCCGCGGCCCGACGGCACCUGGGACCCCACCUCCGACCGCGCCAAGAAGCUCCGCAAGGUCGCCGCGGAGGCCCAGGAGGAGGCCGAGGAGGAGGUCACGGUGGAUGAGCAGGCACUCGACAAGUGCCUCGUCGGGCUGCCAGGGGUGGAAAUCUCGUAUGCAACAGCAAAGAAGAAGAAGGGAAUGACAGUUGGUUUUGUGACUUUUCAGAGUGUUGAACAACUAACGAAUGCUGUUCAGGUCCUUAAGGAGAACCCUUCUGGUGGAAAGGAAAUAAAGAUAGUAGAUGCCAAUCGUAGGUCCCAUAAAAAAGCGCAUGUUGAAGCACCUGUAUCCAAUACUGGAACAGCAACAGAAAAUGGCAGUAGUCCUACUACUGCAGAGGAAACACCUGCGCUUGAAUCUGAUUCAUCAAGUAAAAGAAGUGCCCGUGAAGCAGUUACUCCCCUUGCCCAUAUGACUUACAUUGAUCAGCUAGAACACAAAAAACAAUCAAUGGCACAGAUACUGAAGAAACUUACUCGCAAUGCUAGGAAAGCUUGCCCACCUGCCAUUCCCCUUCCUGAUUGGGUUUUUAAAUCAAAGGAAAUCGGUGGUCUUCCUUGCAAGCUUGAAGGCAUUUUGGAGUCCCCAGUUGUUAAUGGAUACCGUAACAAGUGUGAGUUCUCUGUAGGAUAUUCCUUAGAGGGCAAAAAGACGGUAGGAUUUAUGCUCGGAAAUUUCAGGGAAGGUGUGACUGCUGUUGAGGAACCUGUCAACUGUCCAAAUGUCUCAGAAAUUUCCUGCAAAUAUGCUCAGAUGUUCCAAGAUUUUCUUCAAUCAUCAGGCUUCCCUUUGUGGAGCAGGAUUGACAACUCUGGGUUUUGGCGCCAACUCACAGUUCGUGAGGGAAGAUGUCCAGCUGAAGCUGUUGUUUCACAGAAUGCAGAAUCACAAAUAUCAGAAGUCAUGCUUAUUGUGCAGGUGUGUUCAACAGGUGUUGAUGAAGCUCUUAUGAAAGAAGAGUUUGACAAGCUGUCUGCUGCCCUGAUACAAGGAGCAGCAACAUGCUCACCUCCCUUGCCACUGACAACUAUUGUAGUGCAAGAUCAUAAAGGGAUAUCAAAUGCGGCACCUACUGAUUGCCCACUGAUCCCACUAUUGGUACCAAAGGGAGAUCAGUUGGAUGGCACAGCAGAAGAUAAAACAAGAAUCCAUGAUCACAUAAGCAACUUAAAGUUCUCUAUAUCACCAACAGCUUUUUUCCAGGUUAAUACUCUUGCUGCGGAAAGAUUGUAUACCCUUGCUGGUGAUUGGGCUAAUCUCAAAUCAGACACAUUACUUUUUGAUGUGUGUUGUGGGACUGGAACUAUUGGCCUGACCUUAGCACAUCGUGUUGGAAUGGUUGUUGGGAUUGAAAUGAAUGAAUCAGCAGUUUCAGAUGCUCACAGAAAUGCUCUUAUCAAUGGCAUAAAAAAUUGUCGCUUUGUCUGUAGUAAGGCUGAAGAUGUGAUGGGGCCCCUUCUCACAGAAUAUCUUGGUUCACCACAGCAGCAGGCUGCAGCUUCUGAAAGCAAUUCUGAAAUCGAUGAUAUAAACAAAAAUGAGGAUACGAUUGACUGCAAAAGUUAUGAUGGUCAAAAUAUAGAUAGUUCAAAGCAGAGAAAUGACAAUGGUGAAGGUCAGCAGCAUAUGGUCACGUCAGUUGAUCAUCCUACCUGUGCAAGCGACGAGGAGGUGGAUGGGGUGAACAAAGUAGUUGAUUGCAGUCAUGAUGAACACAAUGUGGCUUCUGGUGAACAGAAUUGUGAGAAAGCAUUGUUGAUCAAUGAUAAACCAAUUGAGACAUCAGAUAAUAGUUUGGAGCAAGGCAAGGCAUGCCAGGAUGGUUCUUCCAAUCCAAACGACAAUGUCCUUGCUGCUAAUGCAUGCCAGUUUAAGAAUGUUGUUGCUAUUGUAGACCCUCCACGUGUUGGUCUUCACCCUACUGUGAUCAAGGCAUUGAGGACGCAUCCACGUAUUCGACGUCUAGUGUACAUUUCCUGCAACCCUGAAAGUCUAGUCGCUAAUGCGAUUGAGCUUUGCACCCCAACAUCUGAGAAACAAGAGAAGAACAAAGGCAACCGAGGGUGGCGAUCUAUGAGCAGCGCCGGCCUUGCCCGGCAGAGGACGAAGUCGAUGCCCAACUCUGAACCUUUUAUCCCCAAGAGGGCAAUGGCUGUCGAUCUGUUCCCACACACGCUGCACUGCGAGAUGGUUAUGCUUUUUGAGAGGUGA